AUGCGAUAUUUUGCUUUGGGUGAAUGCAGUUUUUUCCCCCGACUUCCUCAUCUUCAGGCAUCUCAGGCGAAUCGUUCAGUUGUCGAUCCCCAGGUUCAGCUACAACGAAUGUUGGAACAAGUGAAUAAUUCAGCAACGGCAGCAGCAACAACAACUGCGGCACCCUCUCAACCAAUUACGAAUGGUGGUGCCGUGGAGCAGGCACAUUCGGACAAAGGGGCAUCCACGACAUCUCAGCAGCAGUAG